AUGCUUUGUGGAAUUUCCGGGGAAGCUCCCCAAGAGCCCGUCGUGUCCAAGAAGUCUGGAGUUGUCUACGAGAAGAGACUUAUCGAACAAUACAUCAACGAUCAUGGCACCGAACCCAGCACCGGUGAGGCUCUCACGGCCGAUGAUCUUCUUUCCAUCCAGUCCUCGCGCGUCGUCCGCCCUCGCCCUCCUACACUAACAUCAAUACCCGCGCUUUUGGCGACUUUUCAAAACGAGUGGGACAAUCUUGCUCUGGAAACAUAUAACCUGAAAGAGCAACUUGCCCGAACUAGGGAAGAAUUGGCAACCGCACUUUACCAACAUGACGCUGCUGUUCGCGUCAUUGCGCGUUUGAGCAAAGAGAGGGACGAAGCCAGAGACUCCCUCAGCAAGGUAACAGUCACAGACGGUGCUAUCAAUGGCGAAGAGAUGGUUGUGGAUAGCGUCGAAGGUCUCCCCGAGGCACUUGCCGAGAAGGUGGAUGAAGUUCAUGCGUCCUUAUCAAAGGGGCGAAAGAAGCGGCCUGUUCCCGAAGGCUGGGCUACUUCUGAUGACAUAUCCGCAUUUGAUACGACUGCCUCUAGCGCGCUACCCGUAUCGGAAACGACUUCCAUCGAUCUCGAAGGAGGAUAUGCCGCUCUAGGUGGUCUCAAAGGCGAGGCUGCUAUUUAUUCUAUUGAAGCAGACAAGCUGGAAAGGCAGCUGCCCAUCAAUGAGGCGGUCACAAAUACCUUGUGGAAUGGACCAAAGCUCUUCUUUGCUACCAGCCAGGGCAACGUCAAAGUGUACGAAGGAGGCAAUGAAGUUGCUUCAGUUUCCGAGCAUUCUGGGCCUGUCACUGGUCUCAGUGUUCACCCUGGGGCGGAUAUUCUUGCCUCCGUGGGCACCGACAAAAGCAUCGUGUUCUAUGAUUUGGCCACCAUGAAGCGCGCUAGCCGUGCAUUUGCGGAUGCCUCUCUGACCACAUGCACAUUCCACCCUGAUGGACAUCUCUUCGCUGCAGGGACUGUCAGUGGAGAUAUCAAGCUCUACAUGACCAAGAACUUGGACCAAGCUGCCAUAUUCAAGCUUGGUGCCCCCGUUCAGGCCCUUGUCUUUUCCGAGAACGGUUUCUGGCUGGCCGCUACUGCCAAGGGCCAGACGACUGUCACAAUCUUUGAUCUGCGCAAGGAGGGAGAUGCGGCAACCGCCAAGGUCCUAGAGACUGGUGGAUCGGUACAGUCUUUGGCUUGGGAUUACACUGGCCAAUACCUGGCAACUGGCGGUGCAUCUGGCGUGACGGUUCAACAGUACACCAAGUCGAGCAAGAAGUGGAGUGAACCAUUCAGAAAUUCUACUCCGGCUGUUGGCGUUAGAUGGGGAGAGUCUGCGAGAAAGCUCGUGGCAGUUAAUGGAGAAGGGGUGGUGAGUGUAUUCGGCGUCAAAGAAUAA